CGGGCAAUAGCAACCGUGCAGAAUCUCCCGGACCGGAAGUGUCUAGCCUCUCUUUCCCGUCUCUUCCGGUAGCGAAGUUAGCGGCUCAUCCUCUCCCGAACCGAGACCCGACCGACCCGGAGCGGCUCCAGAAACCAUGUCCUUCCCCGCAGAAGAGGUAGAAACGGAGUACGAUCCUUACACCUACACGCAGGACUAUGACCUGCACACAGGUGACCCGAAGGCGGACCUGGCGUACGAGCGUCAGUACGAGCAGCAGACGUACCACGUGAUCCCCGAGGUGAUAAAGAACUUCCUGCAGUACUUCCACAAGACCACCUCCGACCUGAUCGACCAGAAAGUGUACGAGCUGCAGGCGAAGCGCGUGUCGAGUGAGAGCAUCGAGCAGAAAAUCUACGAGAUCCAGGACGUGUACGAGAACAGCUGGAAUAAACUGACGGAGCGAUUCUUCAAGACCUCCCCCUGGCCUGAAGCCGAAGCGAUCGCCUCUCUCGUGGGAAACGAUGCUGUGUUUCUCAUCCUCUACAAGGAGCUUUACUACAGACACAUCUACGCCAAAGUCAGUGGAGGGCCGACGCUGGAUCAGAGAUUCGAGUCUUAUUACAAUUACUGCAACCUGUUCAAUUACAUUCUCAACGCAGAUGGCCCCGCCCCCCUGGAGCUCCCUAACCAAUGGCUGUGGGAUAUCAUCGAUGAGUUCAUUUACCAGGUACCGCCUCUUGUUUUUGUGCUCGCUCUUUCCUUCAGGCCUCUGUGCAGAACUGACCGUUUUAAUGUGGGUGCGUCUUGCAAAGCUUGUGUUGGGGGCGGGGGGUACUGUGUAUCUCUCUCUCUGUCUGUCUCUCCUCUCUCUGUCUCUCUUCUGUCUCUCCUCUCUGUGUCUGUCUGUCUCUCUCUAAUUAAAACACUCUUUUUUGGUGUGACGGGUCACACAAGUAUCAUUGCCAAAGUUAAUGUAGCUAAAAAACCCUAUAGAAAUAUUUAACA